GUAGAUUCACUUUACAGAAGAGAUGGGCGCGAGCUCGACGGCCAACGCCGAAUCACUCGUGCGGGUGUGCGGCGAUGUCGUGGCACAGCUCAUUGCCGCGCACGAGGCCAGGGAGCCGCUGGACGUGAACAAGGCGCGCAAGGCAGCAUGCAAGCGGCACCAAUACCCCGCCAUGCCCAAGCUGACUGACAUCAUCGCGGCCAUUCCCGAGCAGCACAAGCGCGCGCUCCUGCCGGCACUCAAGGCCAAGCCGAUCCGAAGCGCAUCGGGCAUCGCAGUCGUGGCACUCAUGAGCAAGCCGCACCGAUGCCCGCACAUCAGCGUGACCGGCAACGUCUGCGUCUACUGCCCCGGUGGACCAGACAGCGACUUUGAAUACUCGACGCAGUCGUACACUGGCUACGAACCCACGUCGAUGAGGGCCAUUCGAGCGCGCUACGACCCAUUCGAGCAGAGUCGAAGCCGGAUCCAACAGCUUCGUGAGCUGGGCCACUCGGUCGACAAAGUCGAGUUCAUUGUCAUGGGAGGAACUUUUAUGUCGCUCCCCGAGGACUACCGGACCAACUUCAUCGCACAGCUCCACAACAGCCUUUCCGGGCACAGCACCACGGAUCUUGACGAGGCGGUUCGGUACUCGGAACGGGCAAAGACAAAGGCGAUCGGCAUCACGAUUGAGACGAGGCCCGACUACUGCCUGCGGCCACACUUGAGCCAAAUGCUGCGCUACGGCUGCACCAGGCUCGAGAUCGGCGUGCAGAGCGUCUACGAAGACGUGGCGAGGGACACCAACCGAGGCCACACUGUCAAGGCCACCUGCGAGACGUUCCACCUGGCCAAGGACGCUGGCUACAAGAUUGUCGCGCACAUGAUGCCCAACCUCAUGAACGUCGACGCCGAGCGUGACAUGGCCCAGUUCAUCGAAUACUUUGAGAAUCCAGAUUUCCGGACCGACGGCCUAAAGCUGUACCCGACACUCGUCAUCCGAGGAACGGGCCUGUACGAGCUCUGGCGGACAGGCCGGUACAAGAGCUACACGCCCUCGUUCCUCAUCGAUCUCACGGCGCGCAUCCUCGCCUUGAUCCCGCCCUGGACGCGUGUCUAUCGGGUGCAGCGCGACAUUCCCAUGCCCCUCGUCACGUCUGGCGUCGAGCACGGCAACCUGCACCAGCUGGCUGAAGAUCGGGUGCGUGACUUUGGCCUCGAGUGCCGCGACGUCCGGUCGAGGGAGGUGGGCAUCCACGAGAUCAAGGACAAGGUGCGCCCGACGGAGAUCGAACUGAUCCGGCGCGACUACGUUGCCAAUGGAGGCUGGGAGACGUUUUUGGCGUACGAGGACCCGCAGACGGAUGUGCUGGUGGCACUUUUGCGACUGCGAAAGUGUUCGCAGAAGUGCACGUACAGGCCUGAGCUUCUCAAGGAGGGACAGACGAGUCUGGUGAGGGAGCUCCAUACCUAUGGCUCCUCUGUGCCCAUCCAUUCGAGGGAUCCGACCCACUUUCAGCACCAGGGCUUCGGCACCCUGCUCAUGGAGGAGGCCGAACGCAUCGCCAGGCGCGAGCAUGGCUCCAAAAAGCUCGCAGUCAUCUCCGGCGUUGGCACGCGAGACUACUACCGGCGUCUGGGCUACCAUCUCGACGGUCCAUACAUGAGUAAAUUGCUGCCGACUCGGGUUGGCGCAGAGGUCGUCGACGACGACGACGACGGCGGCGGCGGCAAUGAUGAUGAAGAUGAUUGGUGAAUUCCUCUUAGGUCAACUUUUGGCAUUAUUUUGUAUAGUAGGGCAGCGGCAGUACCAACAAUUGUUCAAUAUGAUACAUUGGCCGGAUCACG